AUGGCGUUCACGGACGCGUGCGCCCUGGGCGCCUUCGUCCUCGGCGUCGUCUUCUGCGCCGCAGGGUACGCCAACAUCUCUCUCAUUCCGCCUCUCCCGCCAGUCGUGGAAAAAAUGCAAAAGCUCCAUAACUACGCGCUGUUCGGUCUGACGAUGUCCAUGGGCGCGUUCGCGAUGAUCCUGCUGGAGAACGCGUUGCUCCCGGACGAGGCGUUGGUCUCCGACGAGUUGAAGCUCGUCCUCGCGCUCGUUGCGGGCGCGGCGCUGUGGUUCGUGACGACCCAGGCCGAGCACCUGAUCGUCCAGAUAUUCGGCGCCGCCGCGGGGAUGGCGGCCGGGUCCCUGACGUACAACGUCGCGGCGCACCUCGCGCUCGUCGCCCCCGAGUACCUCGUCGCGAUGCUCGCGAUCGGCGGCCUCCUCGGGUACAUGGGAGCCGGGUACAUGAAGAGCGGCGCGUACAUCGUCCUCUACAGCAUCGCGGGUGGCUUCCUCGUGAUGUCGGCGAUGUCGUACUUCAUGUGGAAGCACAUGCGCGUGAGCGACGGAGACCUGUGGCUGACGCACAUAGCGUCUCCCGCGCGAGGCAUCGACCCGAGCGACGGGACCAACGUGGCGUGUUUUUUCGUCUGGCUCGUCUGCGCGUGCGCGGGGAUCGUCGUUCAGGGAAGAGGGGAGGGGAGGAGUGGGAGCAAGAAGGGGGUCGACGUGGAGUCCGGCGAGGGAGCCUACGGGUCGCUGAAGUAG